CGUUUGCUUUGCAGACAUUUCCAAGUGCUUUGAAAGUCAGAGUUUGAUCGUAUUCUUUGAGCCAUUCGUAAUGAAAUAUUUUCUUUACUGCCGUGAGAAUCAUCUGGAGAAUUUUAGCGUGUAAAAGUCUUACACAUUUUCUCCGCCAUCUGAAUGCCCGUUGAGUGAAUCGGCGUGCUGCGCAGUCAUGGACGCUGCUGUGGAAAUUGCUGCAACAGCUCAUACUUUGCCAGAUCCGGCAUGCUACGUUGCGCCGUCCAGUUACGCCGAGCAGAUUGCCAGCGCCGAGCUCUUCAUCCAGCACGGGAAACCCGUCCUGCUCUGCGGACCGACGGGCUGCGGAAAAUCCGCGCUCCUGCACCAUCUCGCCGCUCGGCAAGGCCGGAGCGCCAGCCGGGACUUGAUCACCAUCCAGCUGUGCAAGGACGCCGAUGGCCGCGCGCUGCUGGGUUCCUAUCACUGCACCGAGAUCGGCGGCGAAUUCAAAUGGGUGCCGGGAAUUUUAGCCAGAGUUGUGAUGAAUUCGUGCUGGGUGAUUCUGGACGAUCUGGACAGCGCGCCGAUGGACGUCGUCUCGGUCUUAUUGACUCUCAUCCAGACCGGCGCCCUGAAUAUACCAGAGAUCGGUUCCACGAUACAAGCAGGCGACGGGUUUCGAAUAUUCGCCACUUUAAGGACACACGAUCCGUCCAUCCAGCAAUCGCACGUCGAUCCCAGCUUGUUCAGUCAUUUCAAGCGGAUUUAUCUGGAAAAACUUCCCUCGGAUGAAAUUUUGAUGAUCAGUCGUCGGCUGUUUCCAUCUCCGUCCAUGCAGACCUUCCUCCCGGAAUUGCUGCGCAUUUUCAGCACAGUGACGAAUGCCGCGGAAAUCGCCGAUAUGGAUGCUCGGCGCUGUGUUGCUCAUCGGCUGAUCUCGCUCAGAGAUUUCUUAAAAUCCUGUCAGCGAAUAUCCUCUUAUUUAUCUUUAAAUUCCCGUGCGUAUGCGGAGAUUCUUCUACAAGACGUCUGUGAUUGUUUCGUGGCCUUCGUUCCGGGGAAAGAAGCGCGUCUGGCCUUGGCGCGGCAGUUGGGUGUCUUUCUUGGAUUACCGAGCACUGAUGUGGACUACAAUCUCGGCAAACGCCAGCCAGUGGUGGUUGACAGCAGCCCAAGUGAUUUUCGUGUGGGACGAGUAUCUCUCGCGAAGGUGCCAUUGAUCGAAGUGCAGCCAAGCACUGGAGCGAUUUCUCUCAACAGUCGACCGGUGUUCUCGCUGCAUCCGUCGGCCUGCCGCUUACUGGAGAGCUUGUGCAUGGGUGUGGCGCACAACGAAGCCCUUCUGUUGGUCGGGGAGACGGGGACCGGCAAGACGACCUGCGUGCAGUAUCUCGCCGAAAAGCUCGGUCGGAAGUUGCACGUGAUUAAUUUGAGCCAACAGGCGGAACUGACGGAUAUCCUGGGUGGGUAUAAACCCAUCGAAAUGGGGCGGGUUUUUGCCGAGCUGCAGGUCGUCUUCUUGGAUCUCUUCAGGCGAACAUUUUCCCUCCAACAGAACGUGGUUUUUAUCGAGAGAGCCCAGAAAGCUUUACUACAGAAGGACUGGACUUUACUGGCCACAGCGAUGCGGCAUAUUGUCAGUAGCUUCUCCAAGCGAAAAAACGCCGACGAGAAGCUGGUUGGUUUGUGGACUGAUUUUGCUGAGAAGUUGGCUGUUGUGGAACGGCAGUUGACCGUGGCGAAGAGGAGUCUCCUCUUUACAUUCUUAGAGGGAACGCUGGUGACAAGUUACCGCAGCGGUGAAUGGGUGCUGUUGGAUGAAAUUAACCUGGCCACACCGGAGUUGCUGGCCAGCCUCAGCCAUUUCAUCGACAACACGCAAACGUCCUUCCUUCUCAUUGAUCGCGGCGAUGACAUGCCCAUCCGCCGGCAUCCCGACUUCCGCCUGCUGGCCUGCAUGAACCCGGCCACGGAUCUGGGGAAGCGCGAUCUGCCGGCGGCCAUCCGUAGCCGUUUCACCGAGAUCUACUGCGAUGAUUUAUCCGACCGCGGGGAAGUCCGGCAGAUCGUUGUGGCGUAUCUGCAGCCGUUGGCGUUGAACGUGGAGCUGCUGGAAAAGGUUGUGGAGCUGUUUUUUAUUCUCAAGACGCUGGCCGAAACCAAGAUGGUGGACGGCGUCAGCCAUAAACCACAUUACAGUCUGCGAACGUUUACGCAAGCCCUGAAGUUUGCCGUGAAAAAUCCGAUGGGAAAAGUUGUUCGAUCCUUGUAUGAAGGAUUUUGUCUGAGUUAUCUGACGCAGUUGAGCCGCGAAUCGCAGAGUCUGAUGAAGAAAACCAUUGCCGAGCAUUUGUUCGGGGAAGUGAGAUUGAAACAUCCGGAUUUGUCGCUGCGCCCGCCCCGUCCCACCGCGGGGCGAUAUGAGCUGAUCGAAGGGUACUGGAUCGCUUGCGGCCAGCUGGAACCGCUGGUGGACGAGAAAUACAUCCUCACCGAGACCGUCAAGAGCAAUCUGACGGAAGUGGCGCGGGCCGUUUCUGAUGGACAAGUGCCGGUGCUGCUGCAAGGCGAGACGUCCAUCGGGAAGACGAGCUUGAUCACGUGGCUGGCCAGGGCCACCGGCAACCGCUGCGUGCGCAUCAACAACCACGAGCACACCGACCUGCAGGACUACCUCGGGUCCUACCAGCCCAACGAAGACGGCAAACUGGUCUUCUGUGAAGGAAUUCUGGUGGACGCCGUGCGGAAAGGCUACUGGAUUAUCCUCGACGAACUGAAUUUGGCGCCGUCCGACGUUCUCGAGGCGCUAAAUCGGUUGUUAGACGCCAAUCGUGAGCUGUUCAUCACGGAGACGCAGCAGAUUAUCCGCGCUCAUCCCCACUUUAUGUUGUUUGCCACACAGAAUCCGCCCGGCUACUACGGUGGUCGCAAAGCGCUGUCGCGUGCCUUCCGCAACCGCUUCAUCGAAAUGCACUUCGAUGAGAUCCCGCGCGAAGAGCUGGUAAAGAUCUUGCAGCAGCGCUGCGAUCUGCCGGAAGCCUAUGCCAAGAAGAUGAUCUCCGUUAUGGUCGACCUACAGACGCUGCGGAAGAACAGCGGGAUUUUCGCGGGAAAGCAGGGAUUCAUUACGCUGCGUGAUCUCUUCCGCUGGGCGGAACGCUACCGCCUGGCGACGGUUCCCGCUGGAAAUCAAUUCUACGACUGGUCACAACAUCUAGCCGAACACGGCUUUAUGCUAUUGGCGGGACGAGUGCGCCGGACCGAUGAUGCCGACGUGGUGAAAAGUGUUGUGGAGAAGCACUUUAAAGUCAGCGUUAGUUCGGAGCAGUUAUUCGGUUCCUUUGGAGCACUGCCCAGUUCCAUCAGCAGUCAAGCGGUCGCACAGGCCUUUAAAAAUUCCCAUUCGGAGCAACUCCGGCAUCUGGUGUGGACGUCCAACUGGCAGCGCUUGGUGGUGCUGGCCGGUACGGCGCUGCAGUACGGCGAGGCGGUGCUCCUCGUCGGCGACACGGGCUGCGGAAAAACCACCGUCUGCCAGUUAUACGCGGACCUUAAACAACAACCGCUUCUCUCCGUCAACUGCCACAUGAACACCGAGACCGCCGACUUCCUGGGCGGUCUUCGUCCCGCCCGCCAUUCCAGCGCUUCCGGGGCGCUCUUCGAAUGGAACGACGGCCCGUUGGUGGCCGCCAUGCAGCAGGGCGCCGUCUUCCUGUUGGACGAGAUCUCCCUGGCCGAUGAUGCGGUCCUCGAGCGCCUCAAUUCGCUCCUGGAGCCCGAGCGGACCGUCGUCCUGACGGAGAAGGGUGCCGCCGCCGCGGGCGGGCGUCUGGAUGUCCCGGAGGUUUGCGCGGCGCCCGACUUCCGCCUGGUGGCCACCAUGAACCCCGGCGGGGAUUUCGGGAAGAAAGAAUUAUCCCCGGCGCUGCGUAAUCGGUUUACCGAAAUCUGGUGUCGGAAUUUGAAUAUCCCGGGUGAUUUGCGGCUGGUGAUGGAGCAGAAUUUAUGGCCGGAAGCUGGAAUUAUGCGCGGUGCUUUUAUCACGGCGAUUUGUGAAUUUAUCGAGUGGAUGGUGCAGCAAAAUAACAGGUUACUGAUCAGCACGCGCGACGUGAUGAGCCUGAUUAAAUUCAUGAAUGCCUUCGUGUGCGCCCCGCCGGAGGGAUUGUGCCGUUCCCUGAGCGGUCAGCCGCAUCUGGCGUAUUAUCACGGAUGCCUCACUGUCUUCCACAGUCUGCACAAUGAAAUGGACAGCGAACGGAUUGGGCAGUUUAUUGGCGCACAGUUCCACACUGAUGUCUUCGCUCCGUAUUUUGCUGAACUGGGAAUUGCGCUUCCAUUGGAUUUAUCUGGCGAAUUAUUGGUCGAUAAAGACGAGUAUUUUGGUGUUGCGCCGUUUGUCGUCAAAAAGAAUCCGAAUGCGGUGCGCGCUGUCCCGGUCAGUUACAGUUUCGACGCGGACAGCGUUAAGAAGAAUUUAUUGCGGAUUAUUCGCGGGAUGGCCGUGACUAAGGGCGUCCUGCUGGAGGGAUCGCCGGGCAUCGGGAAGACCAGCAUCAUCACCGCCUUGGCGCGGGCCUGCGGCUACGACGUCGUCCGCAUCAACUUAUCCGAGCAAACUGAUAUAGCGGAAUUGUUCGGCGCCGACAUGCCGGUGUGCGACGCUAGCAGCGAAGGCUUAUUCGCGUGGCGCGACGGCCCUUUCCUGCAGGGAUUAAAGCGCGGCAGCUGGAUCCUGUUAGACGAACUCAACCUGGCGUCCCAGUCCGUUCUAGAAGGCCUGAACGCCUGUCUGGACCACCGCGGGGAAGUGUUCAUCCCCGAACUGAACCGCACCUUCACCGUCGACACGCAGACCACCCGCAUCUUCGCCUGCCAGAACCCCCUGGCCCAGGGCGCCGGCCGCAAGGGCCUCCCCAAAUCCUUCCUGAAUCGCUUCACGCAGGUGCUGAUGGAGGCGUUGAGUGACGGGGAUUUGUUGGAGAUCUGUUGUCGGAUGUAUCCCGGCGUGGAAAAGGUCACGGUCGAGCGGAUGUUGCUGUUUAACGCCGCGGUGGAGGAAGCGGUGGGGGCGGGGCAGGAGGGGCGGCCGUGGGAGUUUAAUCUGCGCGAUGUGAUGCGCUGGUGCGAUUUGCUGUUGGAGCGGGAGGGAAAUGAUGAUGAUGGGAAGUAUCAAGCAGCGCUCGUGGAUUUGCUGUAUGCGGCCAGAUUCCGCACCGUGCAGGAUAGACAACUGAUAUGGCAGCUGGCGCAGGACAUUCUGGGAAUAUCCGCAACGAGCCGGUCGGUGCCGGCGCGGCAGUUCUUGCGCUGCGAGAUCACGGAAUCGUACCUCCAUCUGGGCGUGGUAUCACUGGAGCGAGGAAAAUGCCCCACUGCGGACAGCGUCCUGGAUCUGCAGCUGCUGCAGUCCCAGUCGGCGCUGCUGGAGAAACUGGCUUUCUGCGUCAAACACAACUUUGUCUCCCUGCUCGUCGGCGGAGCCGGUGUGGGUAAAGCCGCGGCGGUGCAGCUGCUGGCGGCGCUGUGCGGCCAGCGACUGGAGACGAUGUAUCUGAACAGCGCGCUGGACGCCACGGAAUUAUUGGGCGGCUUUCAGCAGGUCAGCCAAGCGCCCUCCGCCUCCGCCGGGCGCUUCGAGUGGCGCGACAGUGUGGUGGUGCGGGCCAUCCGCGACGGCGGCUGGCUGCUCCUCGACGGAGCCAAUCUCUGCAGCGCGGCGGUUUUGGACCGGUUGAACUCGGUGCUGGAGCCCCACGGGGAGCUGUUGCUGUCGGAAUGCGGCACGGUGGGCGAGGCGGUGCCCUGCAUCAAACCGCAUCCUAACUUCCGGUUGUUUUUGGUGAUGGAUCGGAAGUAUGGUGAAUUAUCGCGCGCGAUGCGCAACCGGGCCAUCGAGAUCUUCGUCCCGGCGCUGCUUAAUCAGCGCGAUGAAGAAACGCUGGCGGCGCAGUUGGGCGUGCCCCUGAACGACAUCGGUGUCGUUUUAAAGGGCCUGCACCAUCAGAUCCCGUCGAAAGAUUUGUCCGUGGCGGCGUUGCGCGAUGUUGUGGAAGAAACGAUGAUGCGACGCAGCAUCGGCGCCAGUCUGGACGGCGCCCUAUCGAAAGCCGUCUGCAGCGUGGUUACGUCGCUACAUUCCCUCGCAAAUGAUACGCAGGUAGCUUUGUACGUAAAUGGCGAUCCGGUGCAGGAAUUGGUUCAUCCACCGUUUCCCGUCGUUGUACGGGAUAUUAUGUCCCAUCCGGCGCAGACCAACACGCUGCGCAACCGACGCGUUGUGGAAUUUAUUGCACAACAGCUGCACCGGAUGGAAACGCAGCCGGUUGUGUUGGCGACAUGCCUGGAGAUUUUCUUCCUCACCGCUUUUUCAGCGGAAGCGCAACUAAGAAAAAUCAGCGCGGAGGAAUUUUUAUCCACCAGCAGUGUGCUGUUUCCGAUGCAGCAAAUGGAGAUGGAAAAAUGGCCGGAACGACCGGAAACCCGACGCUGGCUGGUAUCCUGGAUUUUUCGCACAUCCAGCAAUGCCGCUCCCAAUUUGUCCCUAUCCAGCAUCCAACGCGACGUCCAGGAGCAUUUUUCCAUCGUCCAACAAUGGACACAUCAAGAAAUUCAGCGCGCUGCUCUUGGAAUCGAAAGUUUCGUCGCGGGAAUGUGGCUUCGCAGUUUGGCGAUUUUAUUAAAGCAUCCGCUGGAUCGCAGCUUGCUCAGCUUAAUCUGGAUGCUCUUCCUGAAAAAUCUCCAUCCCAGCGAUGAAAUUAUCGAAAAAUCUGCCGGGAAAUUAGACAUUCAACUGCUGAUUACACAGGAUAAAGAGCGGAUUCGUUUUCGACGGUGUUUCGAUACUGUUCGACCUUUCGCUACUGAAAACGAAUUUUUGAAGCACAGAAUUUUAUCAGAAUGCCGGUUUUCCGCGGAUUCAGUGGAAAACGGUAAAACCUGGAAUAUUUUCCAAAAAUCCCUGGAAAUUUGCGAUAGCGACGGUGUUUCCGACUUCCGGUCGAUUUUUAACAUGGAUUUAUCGGCAGUUUUUGUUAAGAAAAUCAUCACCGGAAAUACCGUCGAUUUUAUUGAAAAAAUCACCGAAAACUGCCGGUUUUUUCCGGAUGCGGUUCGCGAAACUGUGAUGUAUUCCGUGUUUGAUUUAUCUGUGAAAUCCGUGGAAUUUGAUGUUGGAAAAAGUGUGGCGAGUGAAAUUUUCCCCUGGGAAUUUUCUUUACCAACGGUAAAUCGCAUUUUACAUGAAAUCGUCAAAAAACUGAUUUUCGGGAAUUCGGAAAAGGUCACGGUGGCGUUGAAGGAUGUGGAUGAUGUGGUACAGCGAUUUGGCGAGUUGCGCAGCGUUUUUUGGAGAAGGCUGCAAUGCCGGCAACUGAAGAUGUCUGAAAAAGAGCAAGUUAAUUUUUUCCUGAAUUUCUGGAACGGCCGAUUGCAGACCGAUGCGACUUGUCCGCAAGAAUUAUGGAAAAUUCUGGCUGAUAACGGGAAUUUUGAAGGAGACGUCGGGAAGUUGGAGAAAAAUAUUUUGGAGGGUGUGGAGAUGUUGGUGGCGGAGAAUGAGCGGCGCAGCGUGGCGGCGGAUUGGAUGGCUUUGGGAAUUUGCGGGAUGAAGGUGUUCUGCCCACCCACGGUGGAUCCCGUGCAGAAAGUGCGCGUCAAACGCCAGUGUCUCGCGCAACAGGAGGAUGAUUGCCAGACGAGUCUGCACGUGGUGGACGAAUAUUUCACGCGUCUGUACGGUUCGGCCGAUCCUGAAAACUAUGAUCCCCUGGUCAGUGAGCCAUACCACGCUCACCUGACAUUCUGCCGGCGGAAAUUGGCCAAACUGCAGGCGCUACCGGAAGUCUACCGGCCCGCGAAUUCCACCUAUUUUGCGAUGGUGCAAGAUGCCGGUUACGUCCGCGAGAAUUGCUUGAAGACCGGAAGUGAAUUGUCCCGAGCGUUGGCGGAGAAAGAUGUCUCGAAAAGAAAAAAAGUCGUGGAUCAGCUGGGCAGCUGGCUGCUCAGUGUCGUGGCGGUUGUGGACGAGCUGAAGCGGAAGUAUUUAGUCUAUCGCGAUAUUCUCCUCCUGUUUCUCUCCAGUCUUCACCAGUUUAUCCACGGAUGGCGGUUAAUAUUCCACGACCUUCGAGAAAGCAUCUUCCUGCAAGAAUCCGAAAUCUCGGACACCGUCCGCCAAACUGUGCAACAUCUGUCGCCGCUCUCUAAUCCCGAUUUUAUUUCCGUGGCAAAACGCCUCUGGACAUCCCGGUUAGACAUCCUCCGAUUUUUCCGGCAUUCUACCGGUGAAAUGGUCGCCACCGAAUUAAAAUUAAUCCGUUUUAUUCUCCGUUUAAUCCAACUCCACCAGAAAAUCGCCGGUUCCAGUUUAAUCGCGAAUAAAUUAACGGACGCCGUGAUGCGACGUUUCGCGUUGAUCUGGAGCGAAAUUGAGGAGCAAAAAAAACGGGAAGUCGUGGAAAAAGAGACGCUGUACACCUUCGCCGGGGAGACGGUCUUCCCGACGUAUCAAAACGUGUUUUCCGAUGUCUAUAAAAAAACCGAUGCCGAGACAAUCGAAAAAAUUCAACCGGAAGUUGCUGCGGAAAAUCGGAUAAUUUUGACGGAAAAUUUAUGCAGUGAUUUGAUUGAACUGCACUCCGCGGUUGUUAACGAGCGGACCGGUGUUCCCACGCCGGAAUUGAUGAGAAUUUUAUCCGCGGAAGGUCUGGAGAUGAAAUUCUUGUUGGAAAAACAAGCAGCGGGGAUGUGGAUUUUUCGGUGGAUUUUCUUGGAAUUUUGGUGGAGAUUCGGUCGGCGUGCAAGAAUCUCGAUGAUGCGGAGAGAUCUGAUGGCAAGAAAGGGGAUUUCUAUCGCGGGAAAAAUAUCCCAGAGUGUCGGAAGUGCUUGCCGGUGUUGCGGGAUGUGGAGACGCGGGUGGCGGAGUUGUUGAGUGAAUGGCCGUCGCAUCCGGUUCUUCUUGAGGCCUCCAUGGUAAUCCAGCGCAUCCUAUCCUUCCCGGCGACGGAACCCGUGGCUAAAUUCCUGGCCGGUCUGGAGCUCCUUUUGGACCGCUGCCAGCAUUGGGAAGCCAAGGCGCACAGCGGCGUCAGUCUGCAGCCGCA